AUGGCGGUGGGGGUGGAUAGUACAGAUCAGAAAUCACAUCCAAUGAACAGGUUGCAUGCACUAGUGUCACACCAAGGCCAGUAUAAGGUCCCUGCAGAUUCCAAACAAAUCUUAGCUCUAGAAAAUAAUGGAAAAGGAGAUGAAUGCACAGGAGAAGAAGAUAAAGAAGAGGAAAACAACAACAACAUCAUACAUAAAGUAAGCAAGGAGGCAGGGCUACCUCCUAGAAUUUUGCCUAAAUCCAAAAAAGGUAAAAGUAAGGGAGAAAGCACAAGCAGCAGCAUUCCAACAAGGAUACAGGCCAAAAGAGGGGUAAAAACAGACUCUAGACAUAUUCAAAAAUACAAAAGGAGGUUGGGGAUGAGCUAUGUGAAUUAUAAUAGUAAUGACCAGAUUUGGAGUUUUAUCAAAGAACAUAUUCAGGUGGGAAUUAUUUCAGACACUGAGCAACAACUCCCCCUACAGCUUACUUUAGAGGAUGGUAAUCAAGUGAUUACAACAGUAGUCUAUGCUAAAUGUAAUCCUAAUGAAAGGUUAAGACUUUGGGAUGAGCUUUAUUCCAUUAGUUAUAAUUUUUCAUUACCUUGGAUUGUGGGUGGAGACUUCAAUGUAAUAAUGGGCGUAGAGGAGAAGAUUGGAGGCUUACCUGUGUAUCCUCAGGAAUAUGAGGACUUUGCCAUCUGUAUUAACUCUUGUGAUCUUUCUGAUGUCAAAUUUUCUGAGUCCUUUUACAUGGUGGAACGCAAUCAGAAAAUUGUUAAACCCUUCAAGUUCCUGAAGUUCUGGACAGAAAGUGAUGACUUUAGAGAUGUGGUGCUACAAAAUUGGGUUUCGGAUGAUGUGGAAGAUAUAUUUAUACAACUCAAGUUGAAGCAAAAAAGAACUAAGCAAGCACUGUCAAAGUGGAGCAAGGAAAAAUUUGGAGACAUUUUCAAUCAAUUGGCUAUUAGGGAGGAAAUUGUGAGGAUUAAAGAAGAGUUUUUUGAAGAAUGUCCAUCUCCAGAAAAUAGAGCAAUUGCAGAAGAGGCUGUGUGUUUUUUUAAAGAUCAGUUCACAGGGGGAGCUACUUAUUCUGAGUUAUCCUUAUUACAAUAUAUACAUUCUCAAGCAGAACAAGAUGAAAAUGACAGCUUGAUUGCAAUACCACCGGAAGAGGAGAUCAAGAAAGUUGUAUUUGAGCUUAAUGCUGAGAGGGCUUGUGGACCAGAUGGGUUGGAAGGGAUACUGCCAAAACUGAUAUCUCCUAACCAAUCAGGAUUUGUUAAAGGGAGAAAUAUCACUGAAAAUGUAUUGUUGGCACAAGAAAUAAUCUCAGAGAUCAGAAAAAGAGGGAAGCCUGCUAAUGUGGUCAUCAAGUUAGACAUGGCUAAAGCUUAUGACAGGGUGGAUUGGAAGUUUCUGAUUAGUGUAUUGGAGAAAAUGGGCUUUGAUAACAGGAUGUUGGAUAUGAUUUGGAGGCUCAUGGCUUCUUUCACUCCACUAGAGGGGUAA